UUUUUUUUAUUUUCCUUUUUCAACUUUAAAGUUGCGGAUAAGUCUGUAGAUAAAUUUUGUUGUUUUUUAUUUAUUUAUAUUUAAAAAAGUUUUUUUUAAGAAAAGAAAAAGGAGAUAAUAAACUGUUUGGAUUAAUAUUAAAUAAAUCUGAUUUUUGAGGUUGUAAUUGAAAUAUCACAAAAAAAAAACGCUAAUAAUCCGAAGUUUUUCUAGUUUCACUGCAGUGAGAGCACAGAGCUGGAAGCCUGGAACUAUGCUGGAUUUGGACGAAUAAAGCGUAAAUUGCCGCAAUAUUCGUAGAAUUUCAGCUCGACAAGAUCUGACAGAGAGGAUGGGCUUUUGGCUUCCACUGCUUUUGUUUUUCGCCUCUGGCUAUGGGAUUCUAGCUCUAGAAUCUACAAAUGUUUCGAUCAUAGUCAAGGGCUCUGUUUCUGUAGCUGAAACUAAUGAGCAUUUCGUUUGUGCUACUAUUGAUUGGUGGCCUCCUGAAAAGUGCAACUAUAAUCAGUGCCCAUGGGGACAGUCGUCUGUGCUGAAUCUUGACAUCAAUCACCCAUUUCUGGCUGCGGCCAUCCAAGCAUUUAAUACAUUGCGAAUAAGAGUUGGUGGCUCUUUGCAAGACCAAGUUGUGUAUGGUGUCAAGGGUUUGGAACAUCCAUGUCUUCCAUUUGAAAAAACAGUGGGCAGUUUGUUUGGUUUCUCUAAAGGAUGUUUGAGCAUGGAUAGAUGGGAUGAGAUCAAUUCUUUCUUCAACAGAACAGGAGCUAUUGUCACAUUUGGUAUAAAUGCACUCUAUGGUAGGCAUCAUGUAAAGAAUCACCUUUGGGGAGGUGCUUGGGAUUCUAGUAAUGCCCGUGAUUUCAUUGAAUAUACAAUAUCGAAAGGAUAUAAAGUUGAUUCAUGGGAAUUUGGAAAUGAGUUGAGUGGUCGUGGUAUCGGUGCAAGAGUAGAAGCUGAACAAUAUGGGAGAGACUUGAUUCAUUUUAGAGCAAUCCUUGAUGAACUCUAUGAGAAGUCCCACACACAACAUCUAUUGUUAGCUCCUGGAGGGUUCUUUGACGAGCAAUGGUACUCUAAGCUCCUUCAAGUUUCAGGUUCAGGAAUCGUGAAUGCUAUGACUCACCACAUUUACAAUCUAGGGCCAGGUACUGAUCCUCACCUCGCAAAAAAGAUCUUGGACCCACAGUAUUUAAACCGAAUAGCAGAUAUCUACAAAAAUGUCCAAAGUACCAUAAAAAAUCAUGGACCUUGGGCAUUGGCUUGGGUUGGGGAAGCCGGUGGUGUCCCCAAUAAUGGUGGCCGUUUGGUGUCCAAUACCUUCAUAGACAGCUUUUGGUACUUGGAUCAACUUGGAAUGGCUUCGACGUACAAUACAAAGGCUUACUGCAGACAGACUUUGAUUGGUGGCCAUUAUGGUCUACUUGACAGGGAUACGUUUAUCCCUAAUCCCGAUUACUAUAGUGCGUUGCUAUGGCAUCGGCUUAUGGGCAAAAAGGUUCUCUCUGUUGAUUUCAAUGGCCAUCCACAUUUGCGUGCCUACACUCAUUGCAGGAAACAAAAAGAAGGCAUCAGUCUACUCCUGAUCAACCUGAGCAACAAUACUGAGUACAAUGUGGCUAUCAAGAAUGACAUUAAUGCAAACCUUAACACUGGAGUUCAUAAUGACAAAGGCCAUUCCUUCACCGAUGGUCUUAAGUGGGCAGUUUCAUGGAUUGGAACUACAUCCACCGCAGUUCAGACAAGAGAAGAAUAUCAUCUAACAGCAGAAAACGGAAAUCUUCAAAGCAAAACCAUGCUACUCAAUGGGACUCCUUUGCAGCUCACCGAAGGUGGAGGUAUUCCACCUCUUACUCCUGCUCAUGUUCCUGUCGCCUCACCUCUAAUUGUAGCUCCUCUAUCGAUUGUAUUUGUCACCCUUCCAAACUUUGAAGCAGAGGCCUGUGUAUAAUAAUUACAUAAUCCAGGCAACUUAUCUCCAUUUGCUAUCAUUCUUUUCCAAAACUCUUCUAAUGGUUGUUCACUCACACACACCCUGUAGAGUCAGUUGUAAAUCACAUUAGCCCGUCAAACUGUGUGCAAGUACCUUGAGUUCAGUUCGGUAAAAGCUUGAACUUUCAAGCCUGGCUCAAGCUGGCAUGAGCCUGAUUGAGCCUGGCAUGUUACAGCCUUAUCCACCUUUGUCAGAAUAUGUAGUUUUAAGUUUUUAUAUCCUAGAAGCGAAAGCUACAAGUAUCCCUUCAUGAAGAAGACUGCAAAACAUUUAAUACUGGUAGAUGUUCCAUCAAUAUGUGUAUCUUUGUUGAGCCAUUAUCACACUCAAGUUCAAAAAGCCAAGAGCGAUGCUUGCUACUUCUUCCCCCUGUGGUCAAACAUGGUAUUUAUGUCUGUUCUGAUGAGAACCGGGUGUUCUCUUCUCUCUGCUGUGAAUUUUAGCCCUGUUGCGGAUAACACAAGCCUCAGAGAUAUAUGUGGUCCAGGGACAUCGAUCCUGAUUUUGCUGCUGUCUAUCUUGUCCCCUGUGGUUGUAAAACUGGUAAUGUCAAGCCUUUUCACCAUUAAUGCUUAUUGAAUAUAUCGAAAUAGUAUACUUUGAUUCUGAUUUUUCUACACUAUGAAUGUAUCAUGUGAGAGAACAUGCUUUUUAAAUCAUUCCAUGCAGGAAAUAAUUCUGAUUUUGA